UCCCUCCCGAUAGGUAUCUCAAGAAUAGUUCAUGCCGCCUCAAUCGAAUAGAGAACUAUUCGCUUGUGCCCUUCGACCAGUCAGAGCCAAUCUAUUUUUUCGAUAAUAUCAGCUCUGACAGCAUCGAUGAGGGAAAUAUUACUUGAUUUUCUGCGGGUAAUUCCUCUGUGUGGCCUUUUUUUACUUUACUUCUUUUCCCCUCAGACUAUUGUUCGGGGAAUUCCAAGCAAGGGAAGCCGGUCCCACCGAUACACACAUUAUUGUGGAAGUCUUAGAUCUACCCAAGAUUUGAACGUUGUAUAGAUCUCAUGCAACGAAAUGCAAGAUUUGGUUUUAUGCGGUAUUCCCAAGGGAAUGGUCCAGGACCCACGGUGGGCCAUCGGGACCCGGCAAGUCGUCACCACUGUCACAUUCGGCUCGUGUUAGUGACAAUUGCUGAUUUGAUGGCAAUGAAUUACAAGAUACAAAAUACCACCCUAGAAAAUUAUGUACUUGGAGCCAAUAAAGAGAUGGGAGUAAAGAUAGUAAGUUAAUCUUUGGAGUACUCAAUCGAAUCUUAGAUUGAAUGUUACCUCAGAGGGAGCUUUCUUCUCCUUUAGAGAUUUACUCCGUCUAAACCCUUGAAAGUAUCUAUCUACCUUGGAAUCAUUUUCCUUUGAAGUCAAUGGAGCAUCUAUAUCACAUCCACUCUAUUUGCUUUGUACUUGACUGAACUAAUUAACUCGUUCAAUCCGAUUUUAGUAUCAAUCCAUUAUCUCCAUUAUAGUCCUGACCAACUUGCACCAAAUUUAGGCUCAAUUGGUCUACGGUACACUUCAUACAAUCUGAUUUUAGGAUAAUCAAUUGGAGGAAAUGGAAACCCUCUUUUAGUGAAACCUUCAUUGACACACGGCAAAAGUGUUAUUUUCCCUCAUCCCAACAAUCUUACUAUCAGGCAGUGUCAGCUCCUCUGU